CUCUCUGUGUUAUAUCUGUGUGUCACUGAUCUCUUGUCCUUUGUUGUUUCAGGACUGUUUCACCAGUGGGGGCCGUCCCCGGUGUCCCAAGGCCAUCCGUUCGUGGAGAUCAUCGAGCAGCCGAAAGCACGAGGGAUGCGUUUCCGUUAUAAGUGUGAGGGUCGAUCGGCCGGCAGCAUCCCCGGAGAGAAGAGCAACGACACCACGAAAACACACCCCGCCAUCAAGGUGCACAACUACAGCGGCCCGCUGAGAGUCAGGAUCUCAUUGGUCACCAAGAACCAGCCGUACAAGCCACACCCACACGAGCUGGUGGGCAAAGACUGCAAACACGGAUACUAUGAGGCGGACCUACAGGAGCGCCGGAUACACAGUUUCCAGAAUCUGGGUAUUCAGUGUGUGAAGAAGAAGGAUGUGGGAGACGCAGUUUCCUGUCGCCUGCAGACACAGAACAACCCCUUUAAUAUUCCUGAGGCCAAGAUCUGGGAGGACGAGUACGACCUGAACGCAGUGCGCCUGUGCUUCCAGGUGUCCAUCACGCUGCCCAGCGGAGACCUGUUUCCUCUGGAGCCCGUCGUGUCUCAGCCCAUCUACGACAACCGCGCUCCCAACACCGCCGAGCUCAAGAUCUGUCGGGUCAACAGGAACUCAGGCAGCUGUCGAGGAGGAGACGAGAUCUUCCUGCUGUGUGAUAAAGUGCAGAAAGAGGACAUCGAGGUGCGGUUCUUCCAGGACUCGUGGGAGAGCAAGGGCUCGUUCUCUCAGGCUGAUGUUCACCGGCAGGUGGCUAUCGUCUUCCGCACGCCUCCGUACCGUGACCCGAACCUGACGGAGCCGGUGCGUGUGAAGAUGCAGCUGCGCAGACCGUCUGACCGAGAGGUCAGCGAGCCCAUGGACUUCCAGUACCUGCCCGCCGACCCCGAUGAGCACAGGCUGAUGGAGAAGCGCAAGAGAACCGAAGGAAUGCUGCAGAACCUCAAACUGAGCAGCAUCAUCACAGGAUCCUCUGUGCCCGCAGACAGACGGCCGUUCAGUACAGCGAAGCGAACACUAGGUCUCUCUAAACCCCCAGCAGCCAGCGGUCUCUCAGCAGCGGUGUCUGCAGGAGCCCCAGUGAAGCCGCAGACGUCCUCCUUCUUCACUCCUGCUCCCGGUCAGCUGUUCUCCGCGUCCGCUCCGAGCUCGUCCGGCGACACAUGGAAGUUCCUCCAGAGUCUGACCGUAGACUCUCAGCCCAAAGCAGCGUCCAGCAGCUUCACGAGUCCCAGCACCGCUCCGUCCGUCCUCACGCAGGACUUCCCCACCGUCAACCUGUCCGACCUGCACGACUUCAACAGCUUCCUGUCCCACGAUCAGAUGAGCGCUCCGGCCGCAGCCGAGCCCGUCCAGAGCGCCGCGGCUCCAGACUCCUUCAGCUCCGCUCCCUUCCGAGUCGAGGCAGACGACGAGCUCCCAGAGUUCCCCAGCUUCUCCGAGGUGCACGGCUCCGACGUCGACAACAUCAACAUCGAGGAUUUCCAAGCGCUGCUGGUCCAGAGCUGUCUUCCUGGAGACGCGGGUCUGUCCGUGGGGAAGCCUGCGGCGAGCGAGGUGCAGGAGCCGGAUCACGCUGGGAACAGCUCCACCUGGAUGUCCUUCCCUCCCAGCAUCGCCAACCUCAUCCACAACGAGAGCAUGAUGGAGAGCGCAGCCGCUCCGACCCCCCCCGCCGGCGUCCUGGACGACCUGGACAUGCUGAGCUCCAUCGACGACGACCGCUUCAUGACCAUCUUCACCAGCAGCAGCCAGGUCGGCUUCCUGUCCGGACACCCCACCUAGUUUAACCCCGUAUAUACAGCAGAUUCAUUCAGACUUUAGUGGCUUUAGCGGGUGGAGGCUUUGAUGUACAGUUAUCUUUACCUUGUUUACCAGCCAAACUAGAUCACUCUGUGUCUGAAAACACCCACAGUGCCUUACUGAGCGGCUCAGCCAAUCACAGCGCAGAGUCACCGCCUCCUCCACCAAUGACUGUGGAGAACACUGAACUCUGGUCCUCACACAAUCAUUGGUCCAGUGAGAGAUAUUACACAGUCUACAGUAGAACCCACUUCUCCAUAUUAAUAGUUUAAUUCACUUAAAGGAACAUUGCACCAAGUUUUCAUUAUUAUAUUAUAUAUAUAUAAUUAAACAGUAAACCUGUAGUGCAGCCAAACAAUGAAAGGACUAAUUAAUCUUUUAAUCAAAUGAAGAGAUGAAACGUUAACCGUUUAAUGAGUGUUUAAAAAUGUAAAGUAAAUCAUAAACCAUUUUAAAUUAAAAGGCAGCAGAUGUCCUGAAAACAAACUUGUAAUAAAUUGUUGCUUAUAAAAAUUCAUUGAAUUAGACAUGAUUUAUAAUCAAGACUUUUAUUACUUCAAAAAUGUUCUUUAACCAAUAAAAUAGAAUGCAAAAAAAAAAAAA